AUGGUUCUCUUCCUCGGCUCCACCUGGGCCGAGGUGGUCCCUCGUAGCGGGUACUUCCCCCCCUCCCCGUCAGGAGGGUUUUCCGGAACAAACUUUCCGAGUUCCUUCGGCGGUCCUUCCGCAGAGCGCACUCAAAGCCUCCCUGGCCGCCGUGGAGGCUACUUAGCCGGCUCCGCGCCUGGAGCCUUCCACGGAGGCUCCUCGUCGGGUUUCGAAAACGGUUCACGUGGUUCCUUCGGCUCUGCGGGCGGUUCCCUCGGUUCCGGCGGAACGUCUUACAGAGAGGGCACUUCUGGGUCCGGGGGCUCCUUCGGCGGCGCCUCUUCGGCCUUCCCAUCCGGCUCGCAGGGGUUCGCGUCCAGUGGGUUCGGGGGCUCCUCGGGCCUCUCCUUCGGUGCACAAGGAGCCUCGGCAGAAUCCUACAGUGGUGGAGCCUCUGGUUUCGGAGGAAACUCUCGUGGGAGCCCGGGUUCCUCGGGUGGCUUUUCCAACGUGCAGAAAUUUACUCAAGUCGGGGCCUCCGUGCAGACCCCAAGGCCUGGGGGCUCAACCGGAGGAUUCUUCGGCGCUCCAAAGGGCCUCCAGGAAUCAACCAACGGACUUGCCGGCAGCCAUCACGCUGGGCCCUCGGCUUCGUCUGCCGCAGCGGCUUCUCAGAGCGGCUUCAGUGGAGGUCUACCCUCGCCAGCGGGUAGACCAAGCGAACUGUACAGUCGUCCCGCAGGUGGCAGCCAAAGACCCUUCGGAAGUAAUCAGGAGUCCUUUACCGGGGGACAAGGCUCGUUUGGAGGUAACCAGGGAACCUUCGUAGGAAACCAAGGGUCCUUUGGUGGGAACCAGGAAUUUCCUGGCGCUGAUCACGGUUCCAUUGGUGGGGGUCAGGAAUCCUACGGGGGGAGCCAGGGGUCCUUCAGUGGUAAUCACGGCUCCAUCAGCGGCAGCCAUGGCUCGCCUGGCGGCAGCCAAGGGUUCCUCGGCACCAACCAAGGAGCCAUCUUUGGGUCCUCAGGAACCCCCCAGGCGGGCUCCCAGGGCGGCUACGGAGCAGGAGGCUCUUCCCAGGGAGGCUUCUCCGGAGGCGUCUCUGGAGGCCUCGGCGGAAAGGGGAGUCCUUCAGGAAGGGCCUCCAGCGCUCCUCUCGGAGGACUGCCCUCGCGCCCAGACGCCGGCUCCCGCGGGGGCCACCCUGGCUUUGCCAGGAGCUCCGGGGGCGGCUACGGCAGGUGA